AUCUACAGAGGGAGCGGGUCUCCUUCCACAGAGGCCGCCAUGUUGCAGAGGGUGAAACAAGCCGUAUUCAAAUGGUUGCAAACUGCAAUUUCACCACUAGAUGCCACUAAAGUCUACAUAUUGGACCUUUAAAUCUUAGUGUUAGAAACCUGUUUUGGUGGAACCAUAGACUGUAAAUAAUACAUUUAUAUACAGUCAAUGGGAGGGACACAUAUCACUUGCUGCAGCAAACCCAAACGUCACUUUGAAAUAUAGCCACAAGCAGCAAUGAUCAGGGUCAAAGCAGACUGCGAGCAUUUGGAUGCUUGUUUCUUGUGAAAUAAGAAGCAGUGCUGUAACAAGAAGCAAAACUCUUGAUUUUCUUUAAACUAAUUCAUCGUGGUCAUCACUGUCGCAGUACUGGCGAACAGGGAAAGGACCCAAACGCAGAUAGGAGCAGAACGAUGACUUGAGUGGUUUAUUAAGGGCUUACUGGCAGUUACAGAUAGGCAGACAGGUACAAAGGUUGGUUGGCUGGCAAGCAGGCAGGCAGCUAUACAAGAAGCAGAGAAUCCAGAGCCAAUAUACCAACUGGGACGAACUGACAAAGAACAAAGGAAACACAGAGACUAUAUACACAGGUGAGGGCAGGAUAACAGGUUACACUAAUUAGAGUGGAGCAAAGACUCAAAACUGGAGGGAAAAGCAAACAAAGACAGGAAGUAAAACUACACAAGACACAUGAGGCAGCACACAGAGGCAGGACAUGGCUGCUGUGCUGGAACUGGUGACCGCCGUGGCGCAGGAACUGGUGUUGGCCAUGCUGCCGACUGGAGACCAGGAGCAGGAGUCAGCCGGUCCACAGACUGGGGACCAGGCAGGACUGAUGACGGCUCUGAGGCACUGGACAGCUUGACCUCCAUGUCAGUAGACCAGUAGGCCUGGACUGGACAGACAUGGUGGCAAGGUGACCCAAGGAGAGGUUUUGUCAUCUGCCAUGAAGACCAGAAAACUGGCUGAUGCUACGAGGGCCUCCCCAGGCCAGGCGGAUGCCCAGGCAGGUGCCCAGGUAUGGGCAGGCCGAGGAGCAGGCCAGGAGCUAGCGGGCUGGAUGCUAGCAGGCCAAAGUGCAGGCUGGGAGCUAGAGGGCCAGGAGCUAGCGGGCCAUCAGAAUCCCCUUACUACAACCUGGAUAUGUUUUCUAUUCUUGAGGGGGAAAUUAACCACUAUAAAACCACAGGAACUGUUUUGAUUGUCUUGUGUGCUCGAACAGGGGAAAGAGCUGACACUAUAAACGCCCAGGGAGACAAACACUUACCUGGAGGAACCUGCCUCGACCUCCCUGAAUGCCCCGAUAGAAACAGCUGUGACAAGCUUACUAAUACAAGUGGUUCCCAGCUUCUACAACUCUGCUGUACACUGGGGCUGUACAUAGUCAAUGGCAGGCUAAGAGGAGACUCUCUGGGUCACUACACUUAUAGGUCAGCUCUUGGUAGUAGUACAGUAGACUAUUUCAUUACAGAUUUAGAUCUUUCAGAGCUUUCAGUCAGCCCCCUCACACCCAUCUCACGGUCUAUCUAAAAAGAGCCCAGUCUAAUUAUGGGUCCUAUAGGCCCUGUCAACUGUAUGACUAUCACAUACUCAUAUAGAUGGGCAUGGACAGCAUUGGGAAGUACCAAAAGGCAUUGGAAAAUUAACAAAUGCAUGACUUAAGAUGGGGUAUGCGAUUCUAAUCCAGUACACGUCUUUUUGUCGAAUUCAGCAAAUAUCUCCUCGCAGUCCGCUAGCUGUCCGUUCUGUGCGUGCGCUGAAAAAAACUCUGGUGUUUGUACACAGCCCUGGCUCUGUAAAUGCGAAAUAAACAAAGUGGUUCAGACCAAGCCACACAACACUAUUCCAACCAAGAUUUGUGUGUCAGGUAACGUUAAAUGACUUGCCCACAGACAUUCAUCUUACCUUCUAGUUUGCAAAGAUAUGCUGUUGUUGUGAUGUUAGCUGAUGUAGCAGGAGAGUUGUGAGUAUCACUGUCUGGAGCUGGUGUGCUGCUCUGGGAAUCCGUCUCAUCCUCUCUGGCUGUUAGAGUCGCAUCAGCAACUAUAGCAACAGUUUGCUAACCCAUAACCUAGCUAAGAUAACCCACAACCUAGCUAACAUUAGUUACAUUACUUGCUGUGUCAUUGUUCUAUACAAAGGUAUUGGAUUGGAUUAUUGAAUGGUAUUGUCAUGGUAUUGGAUUUCUCCAGAAUUGGAUACCCAGCUUUGAUUUAUUUCUGUCUGAAAUGUUCCCCUAUAAUAAUUCUGAUGUAAAUUUGUACAAAAUCAAUAAAGAUUUUCAUCAUUUGGCUUUAUUAUCUUUAUUAUCUAAUUUGAAACCCUCCAGACAAAAAUCUAAACCGAUAAACAAUAACAAAUAGUUUGACAUUGAAUGCAAAAACUUAAGGAAACCUUUAAGAAAAUGAUCAAAUGAAAAACAUAGAGACCUAGAUAAUCAAAACAUAUGAGUAUUCAAUAUAUUUCUAUCAAUUGGCAACUUUCAGACAUCUGGAACAAUUCAUAAAAUAUGACCCAAAUAACUAUCGGUGUCACUAGUAAUCUGGGAAACAUACUUUGCAACAUCAUUAAUAAACAAAUUGUCAAAUUUCUUAAUAACUACAAUGUUUUGCACAGAUGCCAAAUUGGAUUCUUUCCGCACAACAGCAAUAACGUUUGUCCACAGCAGCGUAGACAGAAUAUUUGGGUAAAUUAAGGGUUUAUUUCAACCAAACCAGAUUCGGUGAUUGUUGGAACAGUGGAAAGACUAACAAAGACUGUUUUGGUGAGAUUAAUUUAGUUUCUGUCCAGUUACGAUGAUCUGCAAGGUAAAAUGACACAAACAAACAGAACUAUUAUUAACAAAAUGUUGUUUCUGAUAUGCACUCUGGAGCAGAAGGGGGCAUUAAUGCACAUGAUUCUGGAUGUCAACCAUCACAAAACUACAAAAAGUGAUAGAAGAUUCCUUCAGAAGUAGGAAUGGUUUAGCCAGUGCUUUGGAUAAAGGAACUAUAAAAGACCAUUGACUUUUUUGUUUGCCAUGUAAAGUUAAUCAUUACAUGGCAAUCAAAUGUACUUAGAAUUUAUACUUAAAUUCAUCCUGACUCACUCUUUUAUAUAUACUGUAAGUAAUAAAGUUCCUUAUCAAACCAAGGUCACAGAACUGAAACAGAAAGUUCUUUUGAAUAACAGUAGAUUAGCAGUCUAGUAGACUGAUCAGUUUCCCAUUAUACAUGCAUACAGCACUUUAUUUUUCUUUUCAUGCAGACACCACUGUCAGCACAUACACUUGCAGCAUGAACCGCUCAACUGAGUUGUCUCUGUCAGAGGAAAUGGCCCCUGAGGAGUUUGACGGUGUGACAGCAGUGGCUUGUGUUAUCCUGGGCCUGUCCUUCCUGAUAGGAGCUCCGGGGAACUUGGUGGUGAUCUGGACUAUCCUGAGACACGUCAAGAAGCGUUCUCACACUGUGGUGCUCAUCCUGCACCUGGCUGCUGCUGACCUGCUGGUCCUCAUCACCCUGCCUCUAUGGAUCUACUCCCUGGUACAUACCUGGGUGUUUGGAGAGGCCUUCUGCAGGGCCUUGGUGUACAUUGUCAGUGUGUGCAUGUUCAGCAGCAUCUACUUCAUCUCCCUUAUGGGUGUGGUGCGCUUUUUAGCCAUUUGUCAUCCAUUUGUGAUGAUGCGCUGGGCGACCAAGCGCAUUAUGAACAGAUGUCUUGUACUUUUGUGGCUCCUUGCUAUGCUUCUAGGAGUGCCUGCUUUACUGAACCAGCCUAAGGAUGAAAGAGAUGGAACUGAACAGUGUUUUAUCAAGGAAUUCAGCUCCGUGACUCAAGCGAUCAUUUUGUUGUGUCUGGAGACCUUGGGGGGCUUUGUAGUUCCUUUUGUCAUUCUUAGUAUCUGUUACUGUCUAGUAGCUGCCCAGCUCAGGAAAAUGAGUUUCAACUCCAAACAGAAAUCCAUGGUUCUUGUGCAUGCUGUGGUGAUAACCUUCACACUGUGCUGGUUGCCUUACCAUAUCAUCAACAUUAUUGAUCUGGUUUGCAUCGUAGGAUCAAGCACAAAACAUGAAUGUGUGCCGGAGAGUCUUGUCUUUAGCUCUGGUGCCCUUGUUUUCAUUAGCAGUUCUGUGAAUCCUGUGUUAUACGCCCUCUUUGCAAGGAACUUACAAGGGAGUCUCGAGGAGUCCCGACUGGUCAGGCUGUUCCAGGAAAUGGCCACUCACACCAACAAACUCAAGGAGCUGGUAGUACUACGGCAGACUGGCUAG